AUGAGCAUACAACUCCAGGAUGGUCUAUCAGGGCAAUCUGUUGAUUGCGUGCUUGAGGACCUUCUCGUGCGAUUUCUUGUAAAUGCCCCUGAUGAGGAUUUGUCCUCAAUUGAGCGUAUCUUCUUUCAAGUUGAAGAAGCACAAUGGUUUUACUUGGACUUCGUUAGGCAACUCAAUCCGCUAUUACCAGUGAUGAAGAUGAAAUCAUUUGCACCAGCUUUAUUGAGCAAAUGUCCUUUAAUAUGGCGAUGGGGUGACCCCAAAGAUGCUAUUUCAAAGUUCGGUAAGUACAAGUCGACGAUUCCUGUUAGGGGCAUCGCAUUGAUGAAUAAAGACUUGACGAAAGUAGUCUUGGUGCAGGCAAUGGAUUCUGGUAGCUGGUCGUUCCCACGAGGAAAGAUUUCGAAGGACGAGAGUGACUUGGAGUGCGCUUUGAGAGAGGUCAAAGAAGAAACGGGCUUUGACGCUAGAAGCUACGUCAACGAGAAGGAUUUUGUCGAACGGACAGUUUAUGGCAAAAAUAUGAAGAUAUUUUUGGGUCGUGGAGUACCAGAGAACACUGCGUUUGCACCUUUGUCGAGACAUGAAAUCUCUCAAAUCAAAUGGUUUGAUAUGAAACCCUUGCAAAAGUCUGUGAAAUCAAAUCCACUGAAGUUUUUUGCCGUUGACCCAAUUCUCAAGUCGAUAAUGAGAUGGGUCAAUAAACAUAAGGGUGUCAUCAAUGAAGAGGAAUUGAUGAGAGAAGCAGAGAUUAAAUUGAAGGCAUUGAUGGGCAUAGGCAUAAGCAAUGAGAGCAGUGAUGCGGGCAGAGAAUUAUUGAACAUAUUACAGGGUACCAAACAACCCGAGCUCGAAGGUAAUGCACCCACCUCUCAACAAUUCGCCAACGUUCCUCAGCAAAUUCAGAUUCCGGCCUAUGCUCAGCUGCAACUACCCUCAUUCCCUCAAGCUGGUUUCAUGCCUCAAUCACAACCGCUUCCACAAGCCUUUAUUUCGAUGUUGCCGCCAGCACAUCUUCUCCCUCAUCAACAGCCAGUGGCGCCUCCAAGCUCUAAGGAAAACACGUCGAGAAUUCUACCUGUGGAUAAUCAAAGUGACAAGCAACAGCAUACUCCACAGGAAAUGCUCAAAAAGGCAAUGGAACCAGCGUCAGAAGUCCGGGAACUUCCAAAAGAAGCUCAGCAUCUUCUGCAAUAUCAAAUGCAACCAGUGGAGCCAACAGCACAGAGCCUCUCUUUACCUAAACGAAUCUCAACCACAAAGAAUUCCAAAGAGUUCUUAUCCUUGUUACAAAAAGCGCCUCGCUCUCUUCAUCAUGAUCAUAUGACUGAUUAUUCUGAUGAGGCAAAGCAGCGUAAUCGAUCCAGAGCAGAAGAACUUCUUAAGGUCUUCAAAAAGAAGGAACCCGACUCUUCAGUGAACGAUCAUGGCCAUGUAUCGACAUCAAACUCUUCUGUGGCUCAUCAAGAACACGCGGAUCGAAGCAGCGUUGACUCUGUGAGUCGAACCAGCACGCCAAAGAAAAUAACUUUAUUAAGAAGAGAGAAGGAUAAGGAUGCUUCCGCGACUUUACUCGGGCUCUUAGGGAAAAGACCACCAUCUACAGACAAAUCAAAUGAAUCGGAUGUUGCAGUUGAUGACGAAAAAGUGGAUAAGACUUCGCAGAGCGCAUCUGCCACUCUAUUGGGUUUACUUAACGGUGGAAAGGGAGAUGAGAACAAAACAAGUACCGGAGUCUCAUCUCCUCAGCCAGUCUCAAUGUCUGCUUCGUCUGACCUUCUUGGCAUCUUGAAGGGAAAGCCUGAUGUUACAAAAGGUAAACAUGAUCAGGAUGAACAGGUCAAAAAGCCUAUCCGUAUCGCGAAGAAGGGAAUCGACGACCCUGCCUUAUUAAAAACGGAGAAGAAGAAAACCCCAACAGCAGAAUCCCAUCCACAGCACGCGAGCUCAUCUAAGACUGCUGGCAAUGAUAUUUUGGAUCUUCUAAAUCGAAAAUCCGUCACUCCAGAUUCUGUGAGAAUUACCCCACAACCAUCUGGCCCACCUGUGACCAAUUUUGAGGAUUUUGAAGACUUCGAGGAUUUUGAGGAUCUAGAAGGAGCCGAGGGCAUUACCGAGUCGUACACCGGAGGCACUAAUGAAAGCACAGAUGACGACGAGUUUGAAGAUGCCCAUGGUGGUUCCCAGCUGACAUCAGGCAUGAAUGAUACAUCGAGGCUGAGAACAGCAUCCUCGGGCGAUCCAAUGCUUCAGUCACCAAGAAAUUUCCACGAUAUCUACGGUGGUAGCGACGAGACGAUCACGAUUAAGCCUUCUAUAGCAUCAAAAGUGUCCCAUGGAAAUAAUGGUGCUAAUUUACUCGCUCUUCUAGGGAAGAAGCCACCUUCUCAGUCGGCAUCCUCUAGAGCUCCACACUUGAAUGAACCGACUCCUUCAAGUGGACGAGAUGAGUUAUUAAAUCUUCUCAGACGUGGACCGUCAACAUAA